CGCUCACUUCUUUCCCGGAAGUCAAAGCAGCAGAAUUCCCAGCAGGGCGAUCUGGUGAGAAGCAGAGCAAAUCAUGUCUGGCAGUUUUUACUUUGUCAUGGUUGGUCAUCAUGACAACCCGGUGUUCGAGAUGGAGUUCUUACCGUCUGGGAAGCCUGAAUCUAAGGAUGACCACCGUCACUUAAACCAGUUUAUUGCACACGCAGCUCUGGACCUGGUGGAUGAAAACAUGUGGCUGUCAAACAACAUGUACUUAAAAACUGUGGACAAGUUCAACGAAUGGUUUGUUUCUGCUUUUGUCACUGCGGGACAUAUAAGAUUCAUCAUGCUUCAUGAUGUGCGGCAAGAAGACGGAAUCAAGAACUUUUUUAAUGAUGUGUAUGAUUUAUACAUUAAGUUUGCCAUGAAUCCAUUCUAUGAGACCAACGCCCCGAUCCGCUCCACAGCUUUUGAGAGGAAAGUGCAGUUUCUUGGAAAGAAACACCUCCUGAAUUAACUGUCCUAAUAAUUUGAAAGAUGAAUGUAAGUUUGCUGUCCAUAACUGUAGUUUUUAGUGUGAAUUCUUAAAUGUAUUUGACACAUCUUGUUUGUAGAGCAUUUCUCUUUCUGAUUUUCUUGCAUUAUUUUGUUAACAAGAGCGGGUUUGUUUUAGCUGACACUCACCUGAUUCCACAUCAAGUAAUAUAUCAGUUUAUAAAAACUUUACACUUUAUUUAUGGUAGUGUAGUCCACCUAGUGGUUAAGCAUAUCACCCUCCCGGUCGGGAGAUUGAGGGUUUGAGUCUCUGCUGCAGCAUCUGUGUGGAGUUUGCAUGUUCUCCCUCUGCAUGCGUGGGUUUUCUCUGGGUACUCGGGCUUCCUCCCACAUCCCAAAAACAUGCAUGUUAGGUUAAUUCAGUGGUUCUCAGUUAUUUUGUCAUGCCCCCUAUUUGGGGUGCUGAAUGUAAAUAUUAAAUACAAUUUUAAGAAGCUACAUAUUUAGCUUGAAUAGUUAGCUCACUUUUCUCACAUUUAACUUAUAUCCUUCACAUUUGAGGUAGAAUAAAAAAAUUUAAAAAAAAGUUUUUUUUUGACUUUUAAAAAAAUUCAAAGUAAAUGGUAACUAAAUGUAAAUGUCUCAUAUUAAUCAAAAUGAUCAAUCUAAAUUAAAUGUUGCAAAUUCAUCUUAAAUCUAAAUGUUAAAUAGUAUGAAGAAAAUUACUUAAAUGUGAGAGCAGUGAGCUAACUUUAAAAUAUAUAGCUAAAAAAAAAGUGUCUGAAUGUUUACAUUCGGCACCCCAUACACCUAGUGUAAUGAUUCUCAACUGGUGGCUCGGGACCAAAAGUGGGUCGCGUGUCUAUGCCUGGCCAAAAAUAUAUAUAUAUAUAUUUAUUUGUUAGAGAUGUAAAUCUCUUUGUGAUAGGCUCCAGCUCAUCAGUAUUCAUCAUGAGUACAAGGGGUAUAGAAAUUGAAUUAACCAAUAAAUGAUUUCUAUAAGGACUACAGAACAUAAGCAAAGAGAUUCCCAGGUGCUUUAUUCAUUGGUUGGCAUAUUAAUAUAAAACAGGAAAUGCAAAAAAAAAAAAAAAGACCUUCAACUGUAUAAUAUAA